AUGCCCAACAAACAGGCCAAAGUCGACGAGGGUGCUGAGCCGGAAACUGUUCAACUUGAGUUGGAGGGAUUUACUCCACUACCCGAGGACCGAGAUGGCAUUGUCCAGCUGCUUAACCAACUAUUUCCGAAGAAUUCAGGACUGCAUUUGGGCGGUAUUGCCGACUACAUUAUUUCACUGGAGAAUGUGGGAACUAUCGUCAAGAACUGUUCUGAAGUCACGGAGGCUGCCGCCACCGAUGCUGAUGACCAGGAGGACGAUGACAUAGUUUUUUCGAUUACUACUGUCGUGAGCCUGACAAAGCCGUCAAUUGCCAAGUGCUCCGUCCUAGCUGACCUGAAAAAAUUUCUGCUGGAUUUGGCCAGCAAGUCGGAAAGUGCCGCCUCUGAGGUGAAUGCCAUCAAGGCCCUGUUAAAUGGCGAAGCCUCAAAAAAGUGUGCACUGCUCUUGAACGAGAGGUUUGUCAACUUGCCGCCCUCCAUUUCGGCGAAGGCCGUGGAUGCCCUUCCCGCGGAGAUCCAAAAUCUAAAGGAGGAGGAGAGACCGACAGACCUGCUGAUUUUGACUCGUGGCCUGAAGCCCGAAAACGCAGGUACACUGGUCUACAUUCAACCAGAGAUGGAGAUCGUCCGUCAGGCUGCAGACGCUUGUCUGGAAACCAAAAUUACUAAUGCGUCGGACGGAGACGAUCCUGAGACUGUAAUUUACAUCCUCAUGGCAGUUAAAAUGUCAUCACUGCCCGGAAUUAUUGAGUCCCUAGCUGAUAUGCCAUAG